GCCCCCUCUUCGUCAACCUCUUCUUGUACAUCUUGUCGUUGCACUUUGUUUGCCCAUGCAUUGUUAAUACUUCGCCCCACACUCGCUUUCCGUUGCGCCUACUAACUAUACAGCCAUCGCUCUCUCCGCCGGGAACAACCCCUUGAGUCCCUAACACCAUUCGCUCAAACCUUACCUCGACGUUUCAGCAAUCUAAGACCUGGACAAGCGCCCAUCACCACCGCUGCUCUUCGGACUGACGGCCGUGGGCCAUAUCUGGACGGCUUCCUGCAUCUUUAGCCCGCAACUCCAACGCGUCUCGCCAUGAUGCGGUCCCUGGCCAUCGCUGCCCUGGCAGCCCUUCUCUCUUCUCCACUCGUCAGUGCCCAAAAGUGUGGUCCUGGCAGCAAUUGCCCAGCAGAUUCGCCCUGCUGUUCGCUAUACGGACAAUGCGGCGUUGGCGCCUACUGCCUCGGUGGCUGCGAUCCUGUCUUCUCCCACUCCCUCGAUUCCUGCGUGCCCGGUCCCACAUGCCAGAGCACAGACUACAAGCUCAAAUCCCUCGACGAUGUUAUGGCCAUUGAUAAAUACCUCGGCGAUGCCUCCAGCAUCAACUGGGUGGCGACCGGAAAGCCUGUGGUCUACAACGAUGCGAUCCUCUUGACCAUGGCCGAGGAUACGGUCGGCACGCUCCUAGAAUCCUCGCAUUACGUCUGGUACGGCAAGAUAUGCGCCAAGAUGACCACCAGCGGCGGCGCCGGUGUCGUCACAGCGUUUAUCAUGAUGUCCGGCGUGCGAGACGAAAUUGACUUUGAAUUCGUUGGUGUAGAUCUGCAGCACGCCCAAUCCAAUUACUACUCUCAGGGUGUCACCAACUACCACAACGAGCUAAAUUUAACCGUCUCCAACACCAACGAAAACGUCCACGAGUAUUGCGUCGACUGGAAGCCCGACUCUCUCACCUGGAUCAUCGACGACGCCCCCUUGCGCACCGUCAACCGCUCCGACACCUGGAACGCCACCGCCAACCGCUUCGACUACCCCCAAACCCCCUCGCGUGUCAUGCUGUCCCUCUGGCCCGCCGGUCUGCCCACCAAUGACAAAGGCACCGUCGAUUGGGCCGGCGGCGAGAUCUCCUGGAGCUCCCCCUUCAUGCAGAACGGCUACUACUACGCCAUGGUCGAGGAAGUCUCCGUCGACUGCUACGACCCGCCGCCAGGGGCCCAGGUUAAGGGCAAGAACUCGUACAUUUACACCGACGCCGCUGGCACCAACAACACGGUCCAGAUCACGGAUGACGAGAUGAUCCUCGCGUCUUUCUACGCCACCGGCGAGAACCCCAAGUACGAUCCGAAUGCCAAGGUCUCUGGCAAGAAGAGCAGCGACGCGCCGCAGCCGACGCAGGAGACCGUCCCUGGCAUGAGCGGCGGCGGAAACCGCGGCAACGACAACGUCAGCAGCUCUGCGGCGGCCGAGUCGCCGACGGGCACUGCGGAGGGCACAGCAGCCGCGACGGCGGCCGCGACGGCGGCUGCGACUGGAAACGGCGGAUUCAGCCAGGGCGGGAACGGGAAUGGGGGUGGGAAGAGCGGCGCUACGGGCUUUAAGGAGGCGAGGCUGGGGAUGGGCGGAAGCGGGUUGGCCGUUGUGGUUGCGGUGUUGGGACUAUUGGUGAUUUAAGCGGUGGAUUCAUGUUCAUGUUUAUUCUAUUGAUUCCCUAAAAAGGCAGGUAAUCUUGAAGCCGGAGUGAGUGUAGAGAAGACGACAAGAGAGCGGGGCGGUUUUACGUGAGCGUUGAAGUUGGCGAUGGUGAGUGUGCUGAUGUGUGUUUGCCCCUUGUGGUCUUUUUUCCUUUUCGCAUCUGCAUCAGUGGGCCGGGUCCGGGGGUGGGUUCUUUCGGCGUCCUUUAUCAAUCUUUGAUUAAAAAUGGUGCCGGCUGGGGUAAUGCCGCCGGGUACGGUCUUCGUCAGGCCGCCUGUCGUCCGCUCCUUGAGAUUAGUGUACCUAAUUCAAACCUGUGUAUGUGUAAGAGU